AUGCGCUGCAUCAUCCGUGACACGCCCGAUGCCGUGGGGCGCUACAGCGGGGACUACGUCGCCGCCAGGAUCCAAGCGCACUUUGCCUCGAGCGACCGCCGGUUCGUCCUCGGCUGUCCGACUGGAUCGACGCCGCUCGCAACGUACCGCCGGCUGGUGCAGCUGUACGACGAGGGUCGGCUGAGCUUCCGAAACGUCGUCACGUUCAACAUGGACGAGUAUGUCGGCCUGCCCCGCGACCAUCCGCAGUCGUACCACUCGUUCAUGUGGCGCCACUUUUUCUCGCACAUCGAUAUCCAACCCUGCAACGUCCACAUCCUCGACGGGACCGCGCCGGACCUCGUGGCCGAAUGCGAGGCGUACGAGCGCGCGAUCGCCGAGGCGGGCGGUAUCGACCUCUUCCUGGCGGGCGCGGGCUCCGACGGGCACGUGGCGUUCAACGAGCCCGGAUCGUCGCUGGCGUCGCGGACGCGCAUCAAGACGCUGGCGCGCGACACGAUCGCCGCCAACUCGCGCUUCUUUGACGACGACCCGGCCCAGGUGCCCCGCAUGGCGCUCACCGUUGGCGUGCAGACCGUCCUCGAUGCACGUGAAGUCGUCGUACUCGUCGUCGGGCAGCACAAGGCCGAGGCGCUGCGCAGGUGCAUCGAGGACGGCGUCAGUCAUAUGAACACCGUCUCGUGCGUGCAGCUGCACCCGAACCCCAUGGUUGUGUCCGACGAGGACGCUGCAUCUGAGCUGCGCGUCAGGACCUACCGCUACUUCAAGGACAUCGAGCGCGCCCAGAACGAGGUCGAAGAGAUGUACGGCCUGCAGGCCCGCGCUGGCGCCGGAAAGGGGGCGAGUGCGGCUGUGUUACCGCGCAGUGGGAGUGGGCCGCUCAUCUAG